AUGCAGAACAUCACCACUCCCUUCUCGGCCUGCAACGCCAGCUCCAUUCCGCACCCCACCGUCUUCGGUGCCACCAUCCUCAACCUUUCCGCCAACCUGGUCCAAAACUUCACGACCGAUGUUUCCGACCAGUUCUUCUACAACCAUCCAUCAAUCUCAGUGCGCGGACUCGACUACUGCAAUGUUACCGUAACAUACACGCACGAAGGCCAGAACGACACCAUCAAUGUCGAAACGUGGCUCCCGCUGGAGGGAUGGAACGGCCGCCUUCAAGCCGUAGGAGGCGGAGGUUACGUCGCCGGGCGAUUCUACCUGUCGUACGUCGCCAUGGGCGGCGCCCUGGGAGAGGGAUAUGUAUCGACGACGACAGAUGCUGGCCUCGGCGACAGCUUUGAGCCAAGCCCGUGGGCGCUCAACAGCCCAGGCAACGUCGACCUGUAUGCACUUCAAAACAUGGCAUCUCGUUCGCUCUACGACCAGUCUAUCAUCGCCAAAGACAUUAUCAACUCUGUCUACGGACAACCUCCAAAGUACUCCUACUGGAGUGGAUGCUCUCAGGGUGGACGACAGGGCCUCAUGCUCGCCCAGCGCUACCCCGAAGCCUACGACGGCAUUGCGGCGGCAGCACCCGCGAUCAACUGGAACCAGUUCUUCUUCGGCGCGGCAUGGGCACAGGUUAUGAUGUCACUCACGGAUCAAUUCCCCGAGAAGUGCGAGCUGGACGUGCUCACGGACGCUGCAGUCGCCGCUUGCGAUCCUCUCGACGGCGUUACCGAUGGUGUUAUCAGCGACACGAAGAAAUGCUCCUUUGACCCGUUCUCAAUGGUCGGCAGCGUUCGCAACUGUACCUCGACUGGAAAGACCGUCACCAUUAGCGAAGCUGCCGCAGCCAUCGCGAACGUUACGUGGGAGGGACCUCGAGGACCCGACGGCGAGUUCCUCUGGUACGGCGCUGACUACCAGGCCCGUCUUACCGGUAGCGAUGCGCAAUCUGGUACCACCUCUGACCUGGGCUACGCAUCGACUACCUGCAACGGCAAUGGUACUUGUGUGGGACAUCCCGCUGGUCUUGGUGAAUCGUGGAUGCAAUAUUUCGUGAAGAAGGACCCCCAGUGGAACUACACGCUGAUUGAAUCGGUGGAAGAGUACACAAGCCUCUUCAAGUCGUCUCUGCAGGAGUUCCAGUCCAUCAUCGGAAGCAACGAUGCUGACCUUUCGGAAUACCGCAAGACUGGUGGCAAGAUCAUCACAUUCCACGGCUUGGCCGACGGACUCAUUCCGCACAAGGGCACCGACGACUACUACGGUCGCGUGAUGGAGCUCGAUCCCGCCGCGGACGACUUCUUCCGCUACUUCCAAGUCCCCGGUCUCGCUCACUGCGCUGGUGGAAGCGGCGGCCAGCCCACCGCCACGUUCAAGGCGCUCGUCGACUGGGUCGAGAAGGCCGUCGUCCCUGAGACGCUUCCCAUCAGCUUCAACGACACAAAGGGAACGCAGUACGACAAGAUCUUGUGCCCGUACCCGUCGAAGGCGCGCCUUGUUUCGGAGGAUGCAGAUGCGACAAAGCCGGAGUCGUAUAAGUGCGCUGUUUGA